CCUGGACACGGGCGCACUACACGGGGAGGUAGGAGAGCGGCAUAAAGUAAGACUUGCACUGGAACCGACUUCUCUUCGUCCCUGGUGACAUAAAAAGAACGUGCACAACCAGAUUCUGCAAUAAUCGAGUGGCAUUACAGCAGAAUGUCCGGCGGGACCAUAGCCAGGGUGCUGGUUGCGCUCUGUAUCGGGGGCGCAGUGACCUGCAUGCCCCAAGGGACGCAAAGAAAUCGGAGACAGGCGCAACAGCAUCACGUCUCUUCCGUUUCUCAGGAGGGUUGUAUAGAGAAUGGCUACUUCUAUGGCAUUAAUGACCAGUGGGAGCGAGAGUUUCGGGGCAGCCUUCUGGUCUGUACCUGCCAUGGAGUCGCUGGCAUUAAGUGUAAAAGCAAACCUCAAGAGGAAAGGUGCUUCGAUAAGACCAACCAUCAGUCCUAUGCUGUGGGAGAGACCUAUGAGAGUUCCAGGGAUGGCAUGAUAUGGGACUGUAUGUGUAUUGGAUCUGGCAAGGGCCAGAUCAGCUGCACCAUUGCCAAUCGCUGCCAUGAUGGUGGGGCUUCAUAUAAGAUAGGUGACACCUGGAGGAGACCUCAUGAAACAGGGGGCUACAUGUUGGAGUGUGUCUGUCUGGGUAAUAACAAGGGAGAGUGGACCUGCAAACCUGUCGCUGAGCGUUGCUAUGACAACUCAGCGGGAACAUCCUAUGUUGUUGGGGAGACGUGGGAGAAGCCGUACCAGGGGUGGAUGGUGGUGGACUGCACCUGUCUGGGAGAGGGACACGGACGCAUCACAUGCUCCUCCAGAAAUCGCUGUAAUGACGAGGACACUCAGUCCUCCUACCGUAUUGGAGACACCUGGACCAAGACAGAUGUCAGAGGCCACCAGCUCCAGUGUCUGUGCACAGGAAAUGGCCGAGGGGAGUGGAAGUGUGAGCGACAUACCUCACUUGACCACACAGGCCUGGGCACUGGCUCUCGUGUGAUCACUAACAUCCAGCCUGCGGUCUACCAGCCUUCCAUUGUGCAUGAACCUCCCCGGGAGGGUUCCUGUCGGACAGACGCUGGACUGACAUACUUCACUGGUCAGCGCUGGAUUAGGAAUCAGGGAACCCAGCAGAGGAUUUGUACCUGUCUUGGCAAUGGAGUCAGCUGUGAACAGUGGGAUGGACCAGCUCCAGUGUACGGUGGCAACUCUGAAGGUCAGCCUUGUGUGUUCCCCUUUGUUCACAAGGGGAAGACCUACCACUCCUGUACCUCAGAUGGACGCAGCGACAGACUGCUGUGGUGUUCCACCUCCUCUGAUUUUGACAAAGAUCUGAAAUAUUCAUUGUGUACAGAGAAUAAUGCGAUUGUGGUAACACGAGGCGGUAAUUCUAAUGGUGCUCUGUGCCAGUUCCCCUACCUAUACAAUGGGCGAAACUACUCCGAUUGUACUGCAGAUGGUCGUAGAGAUGGCAUGAAGUGGUGUGGCACCACAGCAAACUAUGAUGCAGAGCAGCGCUUUGGGUUCUGUCCCAUGGCUGCCAAUGAAGAAGUGUGCACGUCAAGUGAAGGGGUGAUGUACCAUGUGGGAGACCGGUGGGACAAACGCCACGAUGUCCUAGGUCAUAUGAUGCGGUGUACCUGUGUUGGCAACGGCCGAGGCGAAUGGAGCUGUGUUGCUUACUCGCAGCUUAAAGAUCAGUGUAUCGUAGAUGGUCUGACCUACGAUGUGAACCAGACCUUCACCAGACAUCAUGAGGAGGGAUAUGUUAUGAACUGCACCUGCUUUGGACAAGGGCGUGGCCGGUGGAAGUGUGAUGCCGUUGAUCAGUGCCAGGAACCAGAGACGAAAGUUUUCUAUCAGAUUGGAGAGUCUUGGGAUAAAGUGAUGCAUGGUGUCAUGUUCAAGUGCUAUUGCUACGGCAAUGGUCUUGGAGAGCUCAGCUGCGAGCCCCAGCAGUCAUACCCAGGUGGUCAGCGUCCUGUCCAGGUGAUCAUAACAGAAUCAGGAAACCAGCCCAACUCCCACCCCAUUCAGUGGAAUGCCCCAUCGUCUGCUCACAUCACCCAGUACAUUCUCAAAUGGAGGACGAAAAACACUCACAGCCCAUGGAAGGAGGUGGUGAUCCCUGGUCAUCUUAACUCCUACACCAUCUCUGGUUUGAAGCCAGGCAUCACCUAUGAGGGUCAGCUGAUCAGUGUGCUGCGCUUCGGACGCCGAGAGAUCACACGCUUUGACUUCACCACCACUUAUGGAUCACUGGCUACGUCACAUGGCGACACCACCCAGCUUCCACCUGUGGUUGACAUCUCAGAGUCUGUGACCGAAAUUACCUCCAGCAGCUUUGUCAUCUCCUGGGUUUCUGCCUCUGACACAGUUUCUGGAUUCAGAGUAGAGUAUGAACUCAUUGAGCAGGGGCAGGGCACUGGACAACCUGUGGUGCUAGACCUUCCCCGUUCAUCUACUUCAGUGAACAUUAAUGAGCUCCUGCCUGGAAGGAAGUACACUGUUAACGUCUAUGAGGUUACAGACGGUGGAGAGGACAACCUCAUUCUUACUACCUCACAAACAACUGCACCUGAUGCUCCCACUGACCAUGAAGUGGAGGAGGUGGGAGAAACUUCCAUUGUUAUCAGCUGGGAAAAACCACUGGCUCCUAUCACUGGCUAUCGUGUUGUCUAUACACCAUCAAUAGAAGGUGAAAGCACAGAGCUGAUGCUCCCUGAAACAGCAACAUCUGUGACUCUGAGUGACCUUCGACCUGGAAAGGCGUACAACAUCAGUAUCUAUGCUGUGGAAGACAGCCUGGAAAGUGAGCCUGUCUUUGUGCAGGUCAACACUACUGGUGAUCCACUGCCAGAUGAGGUGGCUUCUCCUACGGACCUCCAGUUCUUUGAGGUGUCAGAUAAAAAAAUUGUUCUGACCUGGACUGGCCCAGCCAGCGAUGUCUCAGGUUACCGUGUCACUGUCACCCCUGUUGACGAGUUUGGUUCUCCUCAGAGAGAGAUGUCUCUACCUGUCAGUCAAAAUUCCUACGUUGAAGUGACCAACCUACUGCCAGGAACAUUGUACCGCUUCAGCGUAUACACCAUUCACAGUGGAGAGGAGAGUUUACCGCUUAUUGGGGAACAAACUACUAAGCCCGAUGCUCCCACAGAUAUCCAUUUCCAAAAUGUGACUGAGGACAGUGCUGUGAUGCUGUGGUUUGCUCCCCAUUCCAAAAUCACCGGCUACCGACUCUUCCUCACCGUUGAAGGCUCUAACCCCAAGCAGCUGCGCCUGCCUGCCCCCCUUUCUCAGUAUACCCUCCUCAACCUGAAGCCUGCCACAGAGUACACUGCCACGUUACACGCAGAGCAAGACAACACACUGAGUGUAGGGGAAACUGCAGUGUUUACCACUAGUCCGCCAAUGGGCAGCGCUCCUCAUUUUAGCACUGACAUUACUGAUACCUCUAUUAUAAUAUCCUGGACUCCAGUACCACACAUUGGCUACAAGCUGACAGUACGUCCCAGUCAAGGUGGAGAAGCUCCCAGAGAUGUGACGUCUGACUCAGGAAGUAUUUACAUUUCUGGUCUGACCCCGGGAGUGGAAUACACCUACAGUCUCCAGCCAGUCGUAAAUGGCCAGGAGCAGGGAACCCCAAUCACCCAUCGUGUUACCACACCUCUGUCUCCUCCUACUGAUCUCAACCUGGAAUCUAACCCUGACACCGGAGGGCUCACGGUCCAAUGGAAUGGAGCUAGUACAUCAGACAUCACUGGCUACAGAGUAACGUGCACUCCCACCAAAGGGCAGCAAGGAAACAGUGUGGAGGAGUUUGUGGAGGCAGGGCAGAACUCUUGCACUCUGGAGAACCUCAGUCCAGGAGUGGAGUACAACAUCAGUGUUGUUACAGUUAAGGAAGAUAUGGAGAGCACUCCUAUUUCAACUGUCAUUACUCCAGAAGUCCCACAGCCGACAGACCUCAGCUUUGAGGACGUGAGAGACACCAGUAUCACUCUCCGCUGGUCACCGUUCAACACCACAGCUAUCACUGGUUACAGGAUCAUGGUGGUGGCAUCCGGCGACAGCGUGCCCAUCUUUGAAGACAUGGUGCUACCAACAGCUGGCCAUUAUACUGUCUACGGACUAGAACCUGGAAUUGACUAUGACAUUAGUGUGAUCACUGUGACGGAGAAUGGCGAGAGCAAACCCACCACAAUCACUCAGCAGACCUCUGUACCAGCCCCCACUGAUCUGAAUUUUGGCCAGGUUAGUCCACACAGUAUGGAAGUCUCCUGGGUCCCUCCCCCUGUCCCCAACAGUGAUAACAUCAACCGCUUCCUCAUCACUUUUAACCCCACUGAUAAUGAAGAUGACACCAGAGAAACCAGUGUAGGAGGCAAGACCAACCAAGUAAUGUUAUGGGAUUUGAUGCCCAACACAGAGUAUAUGGUGAGUGUGGUGUGUGUUUAUGAGCAGAGAGAGAGCUCACCCCUCGUUGGCAUCCGGAGAACAGCUCUUGAUUCACCAGAUGACCUGAGUUUCUCUGACAUCUUCCCCAACUCCUUCACCAUCCAUUGGCUUGCUCCCCAGAGUAAAAUCACUGGCUAUCGUAUUCGUUACCAGAUGGUGAGUGGCGGGAGGGCCAAAGAUGAGAGGCUGCCCCCCUCCAGGAGCCACUUCACUCUGACGGGACUCACCCCAGACACUGAGUAUCUGGUCAACAUCUAUGCAGUGAGUGAGACCCAGGAGAGCCUGCCACUCAGUGGGACACAGAGGACAAUCUCUGAUGCUCCCACAGACCUGGAAGUAGUAGACUCUACCCCCACCAGUAUCACUGUCCGCUGGGAUGCUCCUCCUGUCACUGUACGCUACUAUAGGAUCACUCACGGAGAAACAGGAGGUCACAGUAAUCCCAAGGAGUUCACAGUGCCUGGCUCUGAGUCUACUGCCACAAUCUCUAACCUGAAGCCUGGUACCAACUACAAAGUCACUGUCUAUGCUGUGACUGGUAGAGGAGACAGCCCUGCAUCCAGCAUUCCUAUUUAUGUCACACACACGACACGUAUCGAGUCGCCCUCUGAAAUGAAGGUGACACAUAUAAACGACAACAGCGUCACAGUCAGGUGGAGCCCUGCCCAAGGCCCGAUCAAGGGAUACAGGGUGACUGGGGUUCCCAAAAAUGGACAGGGGCCAACUUUCACUGAGGUGGUGGCCCCAGAUUGCUUUUGAAUGACUUUCUCAGGCCUGAUGCCUACAGUGCAGUACACUUUGAGUGUGUCCGCUAUUGGACAAGAGGGAGAGAGCACUCCAUUGGUGGUGAAUGCUUUUACAAAUGUAGACCACCCAAAAGACCUGACCUUCUCAGACAUUGACUCCGCCUCACUGCGGAUCACGUGGGACAGUCCUGAGGGAAUUGUUACGUCCUACAGAGUCUUAUAUUCAAGUUCAGAGGAGGGCGAGAGAGAGCUGCGUCCUGCUCCCCGAGGAGAUGCCGAGUCCGCUGUAAUCUAUGGUCUGCAACCUGGAACUGAAUACACUGUGAAGGUCAUCGCCCUGCAUGAUGACACAGCCAGCACACCACUGGUUGGGAGACAAGCUACAGCCAUUUCACCCCCCACCAACCUCCAGUUCUCCCAGGUCGGCCCUACCUCUUUCACUAUGCACUGGGUUGUGCCGGGUCAGGAAAACAGACUAAAUGAUCUUACAGGCCUCACAGGCUAUCGUGUGGUGGUGAAUCCCAAGAACAAGAGUGGACCCACCAAAGAGAUUAACCUGGCGCCAGACACCACUCAGGCUCACAUCUCUGGACUCAUGGUUGCAACUACCUAUGAGGUCCACGUUUAUGCCUUGAAAAACUCUCUGACCAGCAGACCGAUACAAGGAGAGGUCACCACUCUGGAGAAUAUCAGCCCCCCUCGGCGUGUACGUAUCUCUGACGUUAACGACUCCUCCAUCACUCUGACCUGGCGCUCCAAGACAGAAACCAUCUCUGGCUUCCUGGUUGAGGUCACACCCACCUCCUCCUCUGCAGGCUACAUACCUGUUCAAAGGACCAUUGGCCCUGACUCACGAUCAUUCACUAUUACAGGGCUGGAGCCAGGCACCCGCUAUAAGAUCAAUAUGUAUACACUGAAAGGAAAUGGACGCAGUGCACCUCUCACACUCGCUGCAACCACAGCCAAACCAGUGGUUAUCCCACCCACCAAUAUCCGCUUCAUCUCCCUGAACCCUGACAGUAUCUCUUUUACCUGGGAGCGAUCCCGCAGCCCAGGGGUCACUGGGUAUUAUGUCACCUAUGAGGAGGUUGGCGGUUUACCUCGAGAAGUUACCCCCAGACCCCAUGCAGGCCAGGUUUAUACCACUGUCCAUGGUCUGAAACCAGGAACAGAGUAUGUCAUUAAAAUUACUGCACUGCAGAAUGAUUUGAGGAGCACACCUUUAGUGGGGAAAGCCAGAACACAGCCAGCUCCAGAUCAUCAGCUGUUUGUCCCUGAACUGCCUCAGCUUCCUGUUCCUCACCGACCCAGCACUGACAUCCUGGAUGUUCCAGAGUCCUUCAAUGACAAGAUCUUCACCCCCAACCAUGUGCACUUGGCUGGUACCAGCGGCCAGAACCAGCCAGGCCAGCAGGGCCAACACAUCUACACAGAGUACCAGAGUCUAGGCCCUAAUAAUGGACUUCAUGGCCCCUACGAGGGGCCCAAAGAAGGCCAGAGACCCACUCUCAGAGAGCCCCUAAUCUAUAUUCCUGUUGCAGACCCUGAUGGAAACAGAGUUCCCUUGGUCAAGGUGAAUGAGGGUCAACUGCCAGGUCUCGCAUUUGGGUUCCCUGACAAUGAGACAGAUUUUCCCCAAGAAGCACAGACAAUCACAGCCAUCUCGUGGCAACCAAUCCCUCAGACUUCAGAGUAUGAGCUGUCUUGUAAUCCCAUUACACACCUGGAGGAAAGGGGCUUCCAGACACGUCUUCCUGGUACUGCCAACCGUGCCACACUGAUUGGAUUGACAUCCGGAGCAUCCUACAGUGUUGUAGUAGAGGCCAUGAGGGGCGGGGCUAAAGAGAAAGUUCUGGAGAAAGUCGUAACAGUUGGCAAUGCUGCUCCAGGUGACAUCAGUCAUUCCACCAACCGUGACGUAUGUUAUGAUACAUUCACGCACACCUAUCAUGAGGUGGGCUCAGAGUGGGAGCGCAUGUCUGAGACAGGCUUCAAGCUGUGGUGUCACUGUCUGGGCUUGGGCAGUGGCCAUUUUAGGUGUGACUCAUCCAAGUGGUGUCAUGAUAAUGGAAACAACUACCGCAUUGGCGAAAAGUGGGAUCGCCAUGCUGAAAAUGGUCACAUGAUGAGCUGCACCUGCCUAGGAAAUGGCAAGGGAGAAUUUAAAUGUGAACCUUAUGAGUCGACAUGUUAUGACGAUGGGAAAAUCUACCAGAUGGGCAGCCAGUGGCAGAAGGAAUAUAUGGGUGCCAUUUGUACCUGUACCUGCUAUGGUGGACAACAGGGCUGGCGUUGUGAGAACUGCAGGAAGCCAGGAGUGCAUACGGAUGUGGAUGUUGACCUCCUCCAACCUGUUAACUCAGAUGUCUUUGACCGCUACAGAGAAAACGCUCUACGCAAACUGAACAUACAGUGUCCCAUUGAAUGCUUGAGGCCAGAGCUGCUCGCAGAUGCUCACAGCCCCUCAGAGUAGAGAAGAAGGGAGUUUGAGUAAACGAGUAAGAAGACGUGAGACCCCUUACAGCGUCAAGACCACUUCAAGAUGGAAGCCUCCUUUUGCUUCAAGUUAAAAGAAGACAUUUCCAUCAGAUGCGUGCUUUAAAGGCUUUCCCCGCACCAAAUCUCAGUGCCUUAAAAAAA